CACGAGCGGCUGCAUCUUCGGCACCGGCGUGCGCCGUCAAAGUGGCGGUUUUCAGCAGCGGGCGUUUGUUUGGCGGUUGUGGCAGGCGUCUAGCUAUGGAGAGCACGGGGUUCUUGGAUAUGGACGUUCGCGGGCGCGGGCAGGGUCUUCGGGAUGACGAAAUUGAGGCGGUGGCGAUGGCCGUGACUGCCGUCGUCGUGAACACGAUGCGCGGUGUGCCGUCCUCGUCACGCGACACGCUGGCGGAGCUCCGCAAACGACGAGCGUUGUUGCAGCGCAUUGGCGAAGCGCCAGAUUGCGUGGCCACGUGUCAAGCAGUCAUCCAGUUGUGCGCCGCGCUGUCUUCUGGUGUUUUCCCGCGGGAGACCCCGCGCUGGCAGAUCGUGGCCGCGUGCGCCGCGUACGUGGAGAAGAAGGUGACGCACGAUAGGAUGCCAUUCCCGGUGGAGCAGGUCAUCGCGUUCGCGCUGUACAGGUGGGCGUCAGGAGAGACGUACGAGAGCGGCACUUCUGCCUUCGGCAUCAAAAGAGAAACUGGACUGCAGGCCGUCCGCGACGUCACUUCGGCACUGCUGCAGGCGUACCCAGACGCGAUAAAGUGGCCAGUGGGCCGUAGACGCGCGCAGAUUCUGCGUGCUUUCCGUGACAAGGGUUUCCCCAACUGCUUCGGCGCAAUCGACUGCACACACAUCUUCAUUGACAAGCCCGCCGGCGCACCAUCUGCCAACUACUACGACCGCAAACAGAAGUUUUCCGUGCAGGCGCAGGUGGUAGUGGAUUUGGAUCUGUGGAUCAUGGACGUCCACAUCGGAUACCCGGGAAGCGUGCACGACGUUCGUGUCCUGCACAAUUCCCAGCUAUGGAGGCGUGCACAAGCUGGCGAGCUGUUCGACGCACCUCCGGUGAGUCUGCCGCACGGAGUCGUCACGCGAGGUUACCUGCUAGGCGACAACGGUUAUCCUGUUGUCUGCCCCUGGAUCGUGCAACCGUACGGAGGAAUCGACCAAGGUCGUGACGAGGAGCGGUUUGACACGCGGCAGAAGGUGGCGUGGAUGUGUGUGGAGAGAGCUUUCGGGCGGCUGAAGUGCAUGUGGCGUCUUUUCUUGCGCACCCACAAGACGAACCUGGAUACCUUGCCGCAGCAAUUCGUGGCAGUGUGCACUCUGCACAACAUCCUCCUAGACGCCGGGAUCGACUUCGAUGAAAACCUGUUGUGGGAGGUGGAUGAGAAUGGUGUGCGCCGGAGAGUGGACUUGGGCAUUGUGGGGAACGGCGCGGGCGGGCGGCAACGUUGCACAAACGUCGACGGGGACUUGUUGCGUGACGCUCUUCGAGACCGGCUGGCUUUGAUGUAGGAACACUUAGACGCGUGGUGGGGGUUUGGUGCGUGUGUGUGAAGGGUGUGUGUGUGUCAAGGGUGUCGGGAUUGCGGACGU